AUGGUUAGAACUAGAGGUUUAGGUCGUGCCAUAGACAGAGAUAUAGGAAGAGCCCUAGGGAGAGAGGAUAAUCGUGAUUCAGAUGAUGUUCCCCAACGACGACGGCCCACAACAUCCGUACGUAGGCAACAAGAAGUUGUCGUUGUUGUUAAGGAUGCUCCUCACGUGGAUGACGCAGUUGAAGAGGUAUUCCAACAUGUCGAAGAAGCUGUUGAUGACGUCGAGGGUUUUUUAGGCGGACCGCGUGACCCAUCAGUGUUGACUGCCUAUAUUGAUUAUGUUGGAGUCAUUGUUUGGAAUGGAGAGAGUGGCGAUAGACAACUUGUUGGAUAUAUCACACUAUUACAGUGUUGGAUUUAUGAGCAUUUCCCAUCUAUUCUUGAGGCUUUUACAAACCCAGACUAUGAUGAAAGGUUCUACAUGAUUUCGCAUCCAUUCAUGACACCGACACAGCCCAGGGAUCCACCCAGAAAUCCACCUAUCAUGCAAGAUGAGACAUAUGUGGAACCAGAUAUGCAUGGGUUCUCAGUGGCGGCAACAACUAUGGAGGAAGCACCUGCACAUGCAGUGUGUUGGAUAUAUGAGCACUUUCCCAGUGUUCAUGAGAGCAUGAUUGAUGAAGGGUAUGAUAAGACGUCAUCACGUGCCUACCGCUGGCUUACUACGAAGGCUUAUUCAAAGGGAUUCGCGACAUCGACGUACUAG